AUGGGGCUCUCCCCGCUUUGCAUGUGGGCGGUACCUAGAGCUGGCCGGAAGGCUGGCGGUGUUGGAGGCCGGAGGCGAGAAAAGCCUUUCUGGGUCUUCACAUCCAGCCGCCUGAAUUUGACCUGCCCGAAUGAGACCCAUCGUAACAGCACCGGGCAUAAUAGCACGCUGGACUGUGUUGAAGGCUUGGGAAUGACACCUGCACAAUACAACUUGCUGUACGCGAUCUAUGCUUGGACAAAUGCAGUAGUGGUUAUUCUGGCUGGAUUCCUGAUUGAUAAACUAGGAAAUCGCUUUGGUGUCCUUGUUUUCUCUCUUCUGACUGUGCUGGGAUCAUCAGUCUUCGCUCUAGGCUCACAUUUCAAGGGGUCGCCAUACCUCCUCCCAAUGAUGCUAUCAGGAAGACUGCUCUUUGGCUCUGGGAAUGGGUCACUUACUAUUGUGCAGAAUCGUAUCACAGCCUUCUGGUUCAAGGGGAAGGAACUGGCACUGGCAUUUGGACUGACUCUGUCUUUCUCCCGUCUUGGGAGUGUCCUCAACUUCUUCUUCACCCAGCAGUUUGAGGCAAAAUUUGGAAUGCAGUGGACACUCUGGGGAGGUACCGUGCUCUGUGUGCUUGGUUUUGUUUCAGCCCUCACAGUCAGUGUACUAGAUAAAGUGGGCAUGAAGCAGCUGGGCUUGGAUGGGGUUAUCCAGCAAGAAUCCAAAAAAGUGCGCAUUCAGGACAUCCGGCGACUUCCCCUUCGCUACUGGCUCCUGGUCCUCACCAUCAUGUUCUUCUACAACGGAGUCUUCCCCUUUGUGGCAGACGCCAGCAAGUUUAUUCAGGAUAAAUAUUCUGGUUACAGUCAGCAGGCAGCCGCAUACAUUGCUGGGGCAGUGUACGACAGCUCCCUUGUUCUCUCCGCAGCAGCUGGCAUAUUAAUUGACUACGUUGGACUGAGAGGUGUCUUUGCUGUUGGCUGUGCUGCGUUGACUCUGCCGGUCUUCGCUCUCCUGGCAUUUACGUUUGUUCCUCCGUUAGUCUCCACCAUCUGGUUGGGGAUUACUUACUCCUUUGCUGCUGCUAGUAUGUGGCCAUCCAUACCUCUUGUGGUCCCCCAGGCAACUUUAGGGACCGCUAUGGGGCUUGCAACUUCUGCGCAGAUGAUUGGAGUUGGCCUUUCAAAUCUGAUUGUUGGACAUAUUCUAGGAACAAGGUCCAGCGAAUUAAAGAUCCCCCUGUGGCGCUGGCAACAGAUGAUGGUCUUUAUGUUGGCAAACACUGUUGCAUGCAUUGUUGCGUCCAUUAGCCUCAAUGUUGUGGACAAGAAACAGGGUGGGACACUGAACAGAACAAGAAAGGGAGCACCUGUGGAGCAGGAGGACAGAGACCCUGCAGAUGCAGCACCACUCCUGGAUGAUGGAACAGGAAACGAAGGCUCUGCCAGCUGA